UACAGCAUGGUUGUCUUGAAAUAUUUUGUGUUUGCCAUAUUGUUAGCUGUUCAUUCAGUCUAUCCUCAAAAUACAUCAUUUACUGAAAGCAGCACCACAACAUACACGAGCAUACCAUGUAUAGUGGAAGGUAAAACCUAUGAACAUGGUGAAAUAUUUAAAGUAAGUUUUAGCGGACCUUGUAUAGAAUACACAUGUAAUCAAGGCGGUUACAGACCAACAAAAUAUGGUUGCGAUGAUGGUAUCAAUGGUUGUCGUCCUGAAGGAUCAGUUAGAACAGUACACACUUGUAUUCAACAACGAUGUGAACGCUCACAGACUGGUGUCGGGUACAGAACCCUUGUAGGAGGUUGUAAGUUAAAUGGUGGAUGUCUAUCAGUGGGAGAAACUUAUAAAGAUCGAUGUUUUACUUACCAGUGUAAUGAAAUAGAUAAGGGCCAUUAUAUUACCUAUCAGUUAGAUCUGAUAAGUAAAGGUUGUUUUGAAAGAGUUCGUAGCAGUGAAGAACCAUAUAGAUGUGUUGCUGUAAAUUCUACUAUUACUGAUGGUUGUAUAACACGUCAAUGCCAAGUUCAAGACAAUUCAUAUUCAUUGAGGGUCAUUAACGAAGGAACUGGUUGUGUGGAUGGUACAGCGUGUCGACCUGUCGACCAAGUCUGGACCGAAAACUGUGUUACUAAAACAUGUUUAAGACAUGAUAUUAUGCCUGGUUACACUAGACUACAGAUACACACUACAGACACAAAAUGUGAAGACACGACUGGUACUUGUCAUGACAUUGGUUCAACAUUCUCUCGUGAAUUGUAUGGUGAAAUUCAUUCAAAUUGUAGAUGCAAUGCCGACUGUACAAUAGAAGGUCAAACAUUCGACCAUUUAGAAACAUUUACUCUAGCAUCCAGUGGACCCUGUGUUCAUUAUAUUUGUGAAAAUGGUGGAUAUGGUCCAAAUACUAUCGAAUGUCAACAUAAUGGUGUAUGCCACCCAUUGAAUUAUACUGUCACUGGUUCAGAUUGUGUCACCAGACGAUGUGAGAAUAGAAAUGGUUAUCUUGCUAUGUAUAUUACUGCAUCAGCUUGUUCCCAUAAUAAUGCCUGUAUGGCCAUUGGAACAUCUGAGGUAGGAAGUGAUUGCAUCCAAAGAACAUGUGAAGAUGUCAAUGGAUCUGCCAGUUUGUCAUAUGUAUACCAAUGUAUGGACAAUGGAGGAUGUUUUGCAUUAGGCCAUGUUCAAACAUCACAAGGUGGAUGUACAGAGUAUGUGUGUGAUAUUCGAUCUGGAAGUAUUGGCUUCUUUUUACAGAAGCAUGAUUGUUCCUACGAAAAUCAAUGCGUGCCUGUAAAUGGAACAGCUGAAAGUGGUUGUAAUGAAUUGAAAUGUCAUCAAUCUGGAGCUUCAGUUCAAAUGGUUUUCUCUAAAUUUAGAUGUGACGACAACGGUCAGUGCCGAGAUUUAGGUUACGUUAGAAAUUCCAGUAACAGCCAAUGUAUUAAGCAAACUUGUGAAAAUAGAAACGGUUCAAUCGGAUUCUAUACUUCUACAUUGGGUUGUUCUUACAAUGGUCAAUGUGUUGAUGUUGGUUCCAGUGUAACUGAAAAUUGUCAAUCUAAAACUUGUGCAUAUGAAAAUGGCUCUCUUUUCAUGAAAAACGCCGGUGCUUCCUGUGUUAAUGCUGAUGGUUCAUGCGCAGCUCAAGGAUCAGUGAGGUCAGAUGGGUGUGCUGAAUACACAUGUGAACAAAGAGAUAAUAACAUUGGUUUCUUUCUUACUAAAGAAGCUUGUCCAUUUGAAGGAGAAUGUGUGCCUGUGGGUGGAACAAAAACUUCUAACUGUAUUGAAUAUAAAUGUACUAAAGACGGUUCUGAAUUAUCUAUUGGUCCACACUCUAAACAAUGUACAGAUGGAGAUUCGUGCGUGCCUUUGGGACAAACCCGAGUUGUAGAAUGUUCUAUUCAGACAUGUGAAGAUCGUAAUUCUGAUGGUUUUGGAUUUUUUACGACAGAAACAAAAUGCAAAGAUGCUGAUGGCAAUUGUCAUUCUGAAGGUGAAUAUCGAGCACAAGGAAACGAUUGUACAGACUGGAUCUGUACAGUCUAUCCUGAUGGUAGUUAUGGUUACACACCAAGCAGUGCAGGCGGACGAUGUGCUUUUGAAGGACAAUGUGUCGAAUUAGGAUUUGCCACUACCGAUGAAAACUGUCAUUCAUAUGAAUGUGUAAAUACAGGAUUGACCAACCAGAUGCAGUAUACUCAUUCUCAAUGUAGAGAUAAUUCGGGUCAAUGCCAAAAUGUAGGACAUAUAUUAUCACUGGGUUCAGGUGGAUGUAUACAGUAUGAAUGUCAACAGAGUGGCAAUGUUAUUGGUUAUUAUGUCAAGAAACAAGAAUGUCAUGAUGGAACACAGUGUCAACCUCUUGGUCAUGUUCAUACUCUACCUAAUUCAUGUUUGAAUCAAACCUGUGAAAUUCAGAAUGGUUAUAUUGGAUACUACAGUGGCGUACUUGAAUGUUUGGAUGCUGAUGGUACUUGUCGAGCUUUAGGAGAAACGAGAUCGUACCAUAAUGGUUGUGUUGUUCAAACAUGCAAAGACACCACCGCUGGUGUUGGCUUUGUUACUACUAAAGACGACUGUGAUGGCGGAGACGGUACAUGUGUCGCAGUGGAUGCUACCAUCAACGAAGAAUGUUCGACAAAACAAUGUGUUAGAGAAAAUAAUUCUAACAUUUUGAAAAUUAUUGAUUUAGAGUGUAUUGCUGAAAAUGGUGAUUGCAAAACACCAGUUACUUCUACAUUCCCUUUCCGAUUGGAUGAUAACAUAUUACGUAAUAACUGCUCAUGCACAGUGGAUAUUCCUAAUAGAAGCCGUCACUACUCCUGUUCGUAAAUUACAACGAAGCAUUCUUAUCUUUGAACUUCUCUGUUUCAAUAUAUGAUUUAACAUAUAUAGCCUGUUCCAGUAAAAAUUGAAGUAUUGUAUCAGGUGUAUAUUAAGGUCAAUAAAUAAAACUAAUCUUUCCAUCAUUCAUCUA